AUGCUCAAAUGGUGGCGUGAUAACAGAAAAGUAUUUAUUUACACUGAAAUAGUGCGAGUGAAAUCAAUUUCAGCGUAAAGGAAAAGGGCUUUUAAUUUUACCGACACCGGAAGUGUAAGUGCUCGGAUAACACGACCUCCUAGACUCGUUCGUUAACGCAGCACCACUACGCCGGAACCUCUAUUCUCGCACCGGGUGCAGGCCGGACUCCAUUUCGACACGGACCACGCACCAUUCUCUCCCAUCAACAAGGCGGACGGUGACCCUUUUCCUCAUUUUUUUUUUUCUUUUUUCUGAUUCCUCGCCAAGUGUGGCCAUGUCGGACACAUGGAGCAGCAUCCAGGCGCACAAGAAGCAGCUGGACUCCCUGCGGGAGAGGCUGCAGCGGCGGAGGAAAGACCCGGCAGCGCUGUCCUCGGAUGGUGGAAGCAGCACAGAGGGAUCCACCGCCAGGAGUGACAGCCCGGCCCCCACAGCGCCCCUCCCCGCUCAGGGGGAGACGGAAAAACCACCCGACCCUGAACUAGAGAAGAAGCUGCUGGGAUAUCUCUCCGAUCUGAGUCUCACGUUGCCAACGGACUCCCUUGCCAUCACAAAGGAACUCGACUCUGAAACGGCCGUCAGUCAUGGAAGCAUCCAGAGUCUGCUGCUCAAGUUCUCUGCUCAGGAGCUCAUCGAGGUGCGGCAGCCCUCCAACGCCUCUUCCUCCUCCUCCACCACCACCACCACCUCCUCCCCCUCAAUCGUGGUGGCGGUGGACCACACAAAACUCUGGGCCAUGAUCGGGCCCGGAACCCAGCGCACCGGAGUGAAGAGAAAAGCGGCAGAUCAGACCCACCACAAGAGGGCUCCGGGCCUCUCGCCCUCACUCCAGAGGUCCGCGUCCCCCCCGCACUCUUCUUUCACCUCUCUGACGCCGGCUGCCUCCACGCAGCUGGCGGGGACCUCGGCGUCGCUGAGCGGGGCCGACAAGAAGGGCCGGAGCGGUAAAGGCCAGUCGUCCCAUUUGGACAUGGAGAUAGAGAGUCUUCUGAACCAGCAGUCCACUAAAGAGCAGCAGAGCAAGAAGGUGAGCAGAGAGAUUCUCGAGCUGCUCAACGCCAGCACGGCCAAGGAGCAGUCCAUCGUGCUGAAGUUCCGGUCUCGCGGCCGAGCCCAGGUCCAAGAGUUCUGCGACCACGGGACCAAAGAGGAGUGUCUGCGCUCCGGGGACACGCCACAGCCGUGCACCAAGUUGCACUUCCGUCGCAUCAUCAACAAGCACACGGACGAGAGCCUCGGCGACUGCUCCUUCCUCAACACCUGCUUCCACAUGGACACCUGCAAGUACGUCCACUACGAGAUCGACUGCCCCCCGGAGGCCGAGGGGAGCCUGCUGGGGCCCCAGGGCGGGACCACGGAGCUCGGCCUCUGUGCCGGCGAGGCCGACAGCAACGUGGGCAAACUGUUCCCCUCCCAGUGGAUCUGCUGCGACAUCCGCUUCCUGGACGUGUCCAUCCUGGGCAAGUUCGCCGUGGUGAUGGCCGACCCCCCGUGGGACAUCCACAUGGAGCUGCCCUACGGCACGCUCACCGACGACGAGAUGAGAAAACUCAACAUCCCCAUCCUGCAAGACGACGGCUUCCUCUUCCUCUGGGUCACCGGCAGGGCCAUGGAGCUGGGCAGAGAGUGUCUCAGUCUUUGGGGCUACGAUCGAGCCGAUGAGAUCAUCUGGGUGAAAACCAACCAGCUGCAGAGAAUCAUCCGCACGGGGAGGACGGGCCACUGGCUGAACCACGGGAAGGAGCACUGCCUGGUGGGUGUGAAGGGAAACCCUCAGGGAUUCAACCGAGGUUUGGACUGCGACGUCAUUGUGGCCGAGGUCCGCUCCACCAGCCACAAGCCCGACGAGAUCUACGGGAUGAUCGAGAGGCUGUCGCCCGGCACCAGGAAGAUCGAGCUCUUCGGCCGGCCGCACAACGUCCAGCCCAACUGGGUCACGCUGGGAAACCAGCUCGACGGCAUUCAUCUCCUGGACCCGGAUGUCGUGGCCCGAUUUAAGAGCCGCUAUCCGGACGGCGUCAUCUCUAAACCGUAAACCCCCCCCAAACGCACGCAGCGAUGGUGUAACCCCAGGGGGUGGGGGGGUCCCAGGUUUGGAAGAAGUUUGUCGGUAGUUUUUUUUUU